UGGUGUUUCCUAUUAUUAUGUUGGGGUUCUUGAUGUGCGGGACAGCUAUGACUCACCAAAUAGAACUUUCUACAUCGCACCCACGUUUUUAGGUCUGUCCUACAUGGCCAUUCUGGCGGCCCAAGCCGACCGGUAUCACGCCGUGGCGGCACCUUUUAAGUACUCACAGAGAAUGACGAGGAACAGAACUUUGCUGGUUAUCUUAACCUACUGGGUCUAUGCGUUUGUUAUAGUGGCCGUUAACAAUCUGGUGCCGGUUGGAAUCGCCAAAAGGGUGACUGGUAUUGGUACGUUUGUGGGUAACAUAUUCACGGUGAUCAUCAUGAUAGGGUUGAAUAUCAGACUGUUCUUAAUAGCAACAUUUCAGUUGGAGAGAGAGCACCCCUCGGCAGAGACAGAUAAUAAGCGCUCCUCGGUUUACCUCAUCAUAGUUGUAGCUGUGUUUUUCUUAGGGGCAUGGUUACCAAUAUUCCUGCACAUCAUCGUGUGUAAUUUUGUGGGCUCCACGUGCUAUGCGUUUAAGAACGAAGGAACGGACCCUCUCCGAAUUCUACCCCGAAUAAAUGCUGUGUUGACGCCGCUCCUGUAUGUAAGAGGGUGCACAGGGCUCAGGGCUACGCUGUUCGCCAAGAUCUGGAGAUCUUUCCGUAGGAGGAGCGUGAAUCCUGGUGUGCAAGGAUCCGUUACUAACAGACAUCCAGUUCUGACAGGAUUCAAGACGUGAUGCCUCAGAAAACAAACGUUGAGGAUGGCUCCAAAAAGUGGAUGAGUUAUUAUUAUUUAGACGUACUUUUAUUUGAACACGUCUUGGUAUAGCCUUGGACUUACUUUGACACACCUUUGUAUUGCUUCAUGUUUUGUACACAAGAAAAUUUUUAGAAUUAUGUUUGUCAAUGUUUGUCAAUUAUGAUUAGGAUGUCACUGGCACUGUCAGUUUCUCAAACCGCUUACAAAAGCAUAAUAGUACCUAUAAUUUAUAUUCAAACUUGUAGGCCUAUGGGCUAGGUUGUAUAUUAUAUUAGCCAAUACGACCUACAGGUAUUUCUUUUAGAAAUAUUUGUUUGUUUUGAAUGAUUUUUAUAAAUCUGAAAUAUUAUUUUUUAAAUUACUUUUAAUACAAUAAAUUGUCAUAAGCAGGCCUAUAGGCUAUUCGAUUUCAACAGGAAACGUCUGGUAGGCCAUCACUUUAUUGAGCCUAUUUUCUUUUAUGUAGGCUGAAGUAUAGCCCAAUCAACAUGUAAUAAUAGGCUAGGCCUAACUGUUAGGUGCCCUGCAAAUUCUGAAAUUAUUAUCAAAACAACACAUAGGCUCAAUUUGAAUACUAGGAUUAAAGUUUAAAAAAAUGUUUAGAAUGUCUACAUUCUUAUCUUAUAGGUUAAACUCGUUAUUAUAUCAAAUGGUCAAUCAAUCAUUUGAAUAAAGUUUAUGGUCU